GUUCGUCUCAAGGUUGAGGACACAGCUCAGGAUGGCCGCAGCUUCGACAGAUUCGGGGCAGGGCUCCACUAAAAUAACUCCUGAAGUGCUGCAGGAGAUGCUCCAGUACUACAACCUGAGCCGCCAGGAGUUUAUCAACACCUACAACAUCCAGCCGCUCGUCUACAUCCCCGAGUUACCGUACAGCGCCAAAACCACCUUCGUGAUCAUGUAUGUGGUUAUUUUCGUCCUGGCUCUGGCUGGAAAUAGUUUGGUCAUCUACAUAAUUGUGAAGAAACGGACGAUACAGACGGCGACAGAUAUUUUUAUUUGCUCUCUGGCGGUCAGCGACCUGCUCAUCACUUUCUUCUGCAUACCGUUUACUUUGCUGCAGAACAUCUCCUCUGAAUGGUUCGGCGGGGUUCUGGUUUGCAAGACUGUUCCAUUUGUACAGACUACAGCCAUAGUGACAGGCAUCCUAACAAUGACCUGCAUUGCCAUUGAGAGAUACCAGGGCAUUGUAUUCCCACUGAAAAUGAGGAGGCAGUACUCGUCCAGAAGAGCAUACAAGAUGCUAGGACUUGUAUGGAUUGCCUCAGUGAUAGUGGGAUCACCGAUGCUGUUUGUGCAACAGUUAAAGGUGAAGUACGACUUCUUGUACGAUCACUACCAUGUGUGUUGUCAGGAGAGCUGGAGCUCGGUGACUCACAGGCAGGCGUACACCACCUUCAUCAUGGUGGCCCUUUUCCUGCUCCCUUUGGCAGCCAUGCUAUUCCUCUACACACGCAUUGGCAUAGAGUUGUGGAUCCGCAAGAGGGUGGGUGAUGCCUCAGUCCUCAACACCAUGAACCACAGGGAGAUCAGUAAGAUAUCAAGGAAAAAGAAAAGGGCUGUGAAAAUGAUGAUCACCAUUGUUCUUCUAUUCACAAUUUGCUGGGCACCCUUCCACACAGUCCACAUGCUGUUUGAAUACUAUGACCUGGAGAAGAAAUACGACGGAGUCACGCUCAACAUGAUCAUCGCCAUUGUUCAGGCCAUCGGGUUCUUCAACAGCUUCAACAAUCCCAUCGUCUACGCCUUCAUGAACGAGAACUUCAAGAAGAGUUGCUUUUCCACCCUCUCCCACUGCAUUCGAAAGCCUAACCAGCAAAGUGGUGCUGUGGUGGCGCCUAGACUGAGUGUGCAGUUCAUCAAACCCCAAAGUAGAGAAGCCUUCCUGGAGCCAGACGAAGGCAAUAGCCUGGAGCCGCACUCAGCAGAGAAGGGCCCUUCGACGUCAUCACACGGAGAGAGCUCCCUGGAAAUAAUGGGAGAGAAAAUCUCCACCAUUCAAACGGAGCUCCCUGCAAACAGCUCCUCUCAAGUAAAAUGAGAACUGUCCCGGAUCUCAGGUGUUUUAACUGCUUACCUUGGAUUGCCACGCUUGCUGUCAAUUACUUUCACUUGAGGCCAGCAGCUGCAAGGACAUCAAAUGUGAUUUCAAGUUUCACUGAAGUGGCUGAAAGAUGCAAAAGUCCAACAGCUUGAUAACUUAUCUCUGCAGAGCAAGGAGUUAGGGAAUGUAUUCCCAUGCUGGUCAGGAGCGCAGAAGAAAGAUUGUUAACGAAUAUCACAGACACUUUAACUAUAAACUCUGAGUAGGGUGGUCAGACCCUACUGAGAAAUCAUUUCCACUUGUCUCUGAAAUCUGGAGGACAUUCAGCAGUUCUUCAUGAAAGCAUAAUGAUGCAUGAGUGUUCAAUGUCACCCCAAAUGACCUGAAAUUGUAUUAAGGCACAGCAGGAACUGUUUGGAAAUGAAAAUCUAGAGGACUUUGCAGAGCUAUGCUUUUAGAAGAGAUGCCUAAUCUUUCAUCGACAGCUAAAUUCACAUUAAGUUGGCAUUUGCAUUCAAGUCAGCAAAAACAACCCGUUUCAGGUUAAUUCAGUUGCAAACCUUUAAGAUCAGAGAUUAACCUCUUUCCAUGAGUCACCAUCCUUCAGAUACAAAUUUUUAUUAUAUCACAGAGCUCAUUGUGGACCAUUUAAUCAUAAGCUGAGCAGGUAAAAUCAUAAGAAUAUAAAUAUAGCCACUGUACAGUUUAAUAAGAUUAAAGCUCCCAAUACAUGAAGGGAUGAAUACUAAUUUUCAAACCUCUUAACACUGUCGGCUUUCUUAAUACGCUGCUUCGCAAAGUUGCUGCUGCAUACAAAAAUAAUCUUUAUCUCACAACAUCGCGUGCGUCAAUCAGAACACACAAACAUGGCAAACCCAACACAUGCACAACAUAUAAUGUCAGCAUUUGAAGUUGUAAAUCCUUAUGUCUUAAUCACUGGAAAAAAUCUGCACAAUGUGUUAAACACCUUUGAACUACAAAAUACAGAUCUGCCCCUCUUUGUAGAAACCAGCAUCCAACAGGAACAAAGUCACAGAAACGCAGCAGGAAAGGGUUCAGUGGGCUUUGCUUUGAUGCUUUUACAGAAUGAAUCACCGUUUACACAACUGUUCUGUGGAACAGUCAGACUGGGCUGUAUCCCCAGUUCAGUCUCUCACUGGCCAUUGUUUACACCAUGAUCCAUUAUAGUUGCCCUAAUCUAAAAGGUUCUCUCUUCUGUCGUCCACCACGUCUCCCUCUGUGAGCCGUUUUAAAUCUUCUACCUUAUCCAGCCACUACUACGGUAAACAGAAUUCUGCUUUUAGGAGUAUAGAUGAAAAUAUGAACAAUAGCACCUGAAUAAGCCUGCAAAGUGUAUUUUAACAAAACAUAUAGUCACAUUUAAAUUGCUAAAUGGCUGUCCAUAUGACAACAUCAAUGAAAAUUGAAAUGGAAGUGGGUGGUCAUAAAUUUAAGGCUUUCUUAAUGACUCAUAGCGCUUUGGACUUCAAGCCAAAUCCAUUUAUAAGUGAUGCAGACAGAGUAAAACAUUUAGAGUAGGGUAAGAUAUACUCCACAUUUAUUCACAAUGUAAUGUGUGAAGGCUGUAGUCGCUGAUGUUUUUUGUGCAAAAAGCAAUGCAAAUGUGAACACAAAGAAAGUGAUCAGUGGUUGUUCUGUUGACCGUCUGAAGAGUUUUAGAUAUGGAUACUGAAUGCUGAACAAUGAAUGUAAACAAAAUGAGGUGUAAUCAUGACAGGAAGUCUGUCUGCCUUUUAUUUUAUUUUAUUACUCACCAUGGAAGAAUGAGAUGUUCAAAAGAGUGAAACAGCCUAAACCUGCUGGAUAUACUCGAGCGAGGAAGAGGGGUACAAGUUGUGACUGUGGACUUCUUAUAAAAACACAAACAGAAGAGUUUGUAAAGUCGGUCUGUGUAAUAUUUUUGCGACACUGAUGUCUUUAGUGUUAAAGUUUAAAUACAUGUUCAUUUUGGUGUUACACUUUCUGUCUUGGAGCUCAUGCUUAAGGGAAAAAUAUAUAUAUUUCUAGGUUAUCUAUAUUUGGCCUAGAUUUGAUUUGCACGUUUUUAAGUAUUUCAUUCCAAAGCUUUAAAUAAUCCAUGUCAUCGCAGAAGAUAAGGGUACUGUAUAUAGACAGGGUCUGCACCGAGACCAGGUUUAGUCUUUAGUGCAGCCCCGGGUAGGGGGGAGCUUAGCUUCUCUUAAACCAUGACUGUUACCGGUACUUACCGGUGUACUGUUGUGAAACUGUGGAAGCUUUAAAAAUAUGAUCAAUAUGCUACUUUUAGCAUGCAUUUUGAGUUUUCAUGAAUCAUGCUAAAAUUUGCAAUAGAGUGCACUACUGUAAAUAAGCAGCAUCUCUCCGCCUCAGUGGUACUGAACAAUCAGACAGCCUUCUUAUCUCAUUGCUGACAACAUGUUGGAUAUAAAACUGCCCGUUUCUGCUAUCUAACACACACAACCAUUACAUGACAGGAUGCGCACAAUCCACGAUGCGAAACACAAGUUUCAUGCUACGUAUGAGCGUGCUCACCAGAAUCAAAUCAGGGUUUCAGAAAACUUUUAAUAGGAGCUCAAGUUGUGUUUAUUCCUUGCAGCCACUUGUAAACGUGUCAGCUGUAGUUAAAUCUGUGAAACUGGAGGCGCUAUUAAACUCUGAGGAAAGCCUCCUACAGCAGCGUACAGCAACACAUGAUUUCAGCUCCUUUUAAUCUUUUAUCAAACUCAGAUUACAUGAAUUAUUGGUGAAUCCCAUUGAUAGCCGCCUAAAGGUGCAUAGUAUGUGCCUUUUGUGUUCUCUGUUAUACUGAGCAUGACGUUCAAGCUUUGCUUCCGUUUGAGUAUUUUUCUGAUUUUGAAUGAUUGUGAUUGGAUUAUCAAAUGUACUUGGAUGAUGCUUUGUGUGUGCUGAAAGCCAUGUUUAGUUUAAACAGCUGGGCCCUAAUGAUGCUUUAGGCUGUCUGGAUAAUUUCGAUGUGUUCUGCAGCCUUUUUCAAUCACUUCAGCUGUUGAAACAGCACUGUCUUUGUGUCAUGGGACCUCUUGAUUUACAAAUUUACACACAGCACUGAGCAAUGCUCUGAUUGAUAAAAGAGUAAAUCAGGAGAAAGCCCCUGCUGUUUUUCUUUGGAGAGUCGCAAGCAGAGAUAUGCUGUUCAUUUUCAGUGGUAUUUCCAGUUAAUAUCUUAUUAUCUUGUAGUUUAUGGCUUUGAAGUAAAAGGCUAUGAAUGUCUGUCAAAUCUUAGCUCUUGGAGAGGAAUUAAAGCUCACAUAAGCAGUAGUAUUUUAUGCUCUGGAUGUACUAAAAUAUUCCUCUCUAUGGUUACUAAAGCGCUCUGUGGUAAGUAGUCUGUGCUGGAAACAAUAGAUUGGCUUUACUUUUUACAACUGUGCAGAAUUUAAAGAUUGCAUUGACAAUCAACCCAUCCUUCAUUUAAAAGACCAUGACUGGACUGAAGGAUGUUACCAGACAAAACGUAAAGAAGUGAAUGGGAAUUACAGGAAACAGGUGUGUGUCAUAAAGUCUGACUGGCAACAUGCUAGAAAGAGACAAAAGGAGGACAGACUGUCAAAGAGCAUCCGGUCAGUGUGGUGCUUCACUCUUUGUGAGAGCAGAUGUGAACCCUUUUCACGCUGUGAGCGACAUGUUGUCACAUAAGCAUGAGCAGGCUAUAUUUGUGUACGAGGAGACCGGAUCGAUUACUGCUUAUUUCAUGAAUUAUUUCUUGUGCAUUAAAGAGCUCUUUCUGUAAA